CAUGCCCCACCCAAGCUGCCCCUCGUUCCUGGCAGCCGAGCUUUUCUUUCAGUCGUUCACUGCGGAGCCAGAGGGAAUCAAUUCCACAAGCUGGGUUGAGGAGAACAAGAGAUGGAGAAAGCAAGUGGAAGACAGUCCAUUGCCCUGUCCACAGUGGAAACUGGCACAGAGAACCCGGGGCUGGAGCUCAUGGAGGAGACAGUGGCCUUUCAGCAAAGCAAGAAGUUUCUGCAAAACACACGCCAGCUUGUUCAAGAAGAUCCUGUUGGGCCUGUUGUGUUUGGCCUAUGCUGCCUAUUUCCUGGCAGCUUGCAUCUUGAAUUUCCAGAGGGCACUGGCCUUGUUUGUCAUCACCUGCUUUGUGAUCUUUGUCCCGGUUUACUCAUUUCUGAAAAAGCUCCUGGGCAAAAAAUUAACAAGAUGUCUGAAGCCCUUUGAAAACUCCCGCCUGAGGCUUUGGAUGAAAUGGGUGUUUGCAGGAGUCUACUUGGUUGGCCUUAUACUGUGGUUGGCUUUAGACACAGCCCAAAGGCCAGAGCAGCUGAUCUCCUUCGCAGGAAUCUGCAUGUUCAUCCUCAUCCUCUUUGCCUGCUCCAAACACCACAGUGCAGUGUCCUGGAGGACAGUGUUUUGGGGCCUCGGUCUUCAGUUUGUCUUUGGGAUCUUGGUCAUGAGAACUGAUCUUGGAUAUAGUGCAUUUCAGUGGCUGGGAGAGCAGGGCCAGUUUUGUCUUUGGGGAUACACUUGUCAAGGAUGUCUUUGCUUUUCAGGCCUUACCAUCAUUUUCUUUGGAUGUGUGAUGUCCAUUCUCUACUACCUGGGCCUCGUGCAAUGGGUGGUUCAGAAGGUCGCCUGGUUUUUACAAGUCACUAUGGGUACCACCGCCACAGAGACCCUGGCUGUGGCAGGAAACAUCUUUGUGGGUAUGACAGAGGCACCACUGCUCAUCCGUCCCUACUUUGGGGACAUGACACUCUCUGAAAUCCAUGCGGUGAUGACUGGAGGGUUUGCCACCAUUUCCGGCACUGUGCUAGGAGUCUUCAUAUCCUUCGGGGUUGAUGCAUCAUCCCUGAUUUCUGCCUCUGUGAUGGCCGCCCCUUGUGCUCUCGCCUUGUCAAAGCUAGCAUAUCCGGAAGUGGAGGAAUCCAAGUUCAAGAGCAAGGAGGGGGUAAAGCUGCCCCGUGGGAAGGAGAGGAAUGUCCUGGAAGCUGCUAGCAACGGAGCCACAGAUGCCAUAGGCCUUGCUGCUAAUGUAGCAGCCAACCUGGUUGCCUUUUUGGCUGUGUUGGCUUUCAUCAAUGCUGCCCUCUCCUGGCUGGGAGAACUGGUGGACAUACAGGGGCUCACUUUCCAGGUCAUCUGCUCCUAUCUCCUAAGGCCCAUGGUUUUCAUGAUGGGUGUAGAGUGGACAGAUUGUCCAAUGGUGGCUGAGAUGGUGGGAAUCAAGUUCUUCAUAAAUGAGUUUGUGGCUUAUCAGCAACUGUCUCAAUACAAGAACAAACGUCUCUCUGGAGUGGAGGAGUGGACUGAGGGAGAGAAACAGUGGAUUUCUGUAAGUGACAAUCCAAAAAGCAUAAACACCGUGAGGUCUCAACCAUGGUUAUCUGAGGGUAGAUAGAAAGUGCCACACGGGUUUGUUGCAGACCUAACUACAAAGCGAGCAGAACAGCAUACCUAGCAGCCUCAUUUGCAGCGCCUGAGCUAUUACCAGUCUGCAUGCUAUUUUCCCCUGCCCGCCCCCACCACUGCCCCAACUCUGACCCAACUUCUCUCUAUAAUGUAAUUGCUGGGUCUUUACAGCUGGGGCAGUCCAGGGCAGACACUAUCUUCUGAUGGCCUAAGGUCCGCUUCUUCAUUUAAAAGUUUAAAUUGCUCCAAAUUAAUAUCCUUUUUCUUUCCCUUUGCCUCUUUCCUUUUCCUUUGUAAUCCUCAUUCCCAGGCCUUCUCCUUAUUCAUAGCCUUCAACAAGAACAGCGUUGGGCAAUGAGGCCCAUGGUGGUUUCCAUGUCAUUAUCCCUAUAGUAACUCAGGGAACAGAUAUUUUCUGAAUAAUCUUGGGAAACCAUGGAAAAGAUUGGGGGCUGUCAGUACGCUGGAACUUCUCUUGUGGUUAUAAGACCGCACGCAUGGGACUGAAUUUAUUUGCUUAUUUAUUUUUGUUUUCCCUAGGUGAGAGCUGAAAUCAUUACAACAUUUUCACUCUGUGGAUUUGCCAAUCUUAGUUCCAUAGGAAUCACGCUUGGAGGCUUGAAUGAGUUCAUCCAUUUUCCCAGCUCCCCAGUAAGACAGCCAGAUCCCAGCUUCUGCAGUGGGCAGUCCUGGUGCUUCAGUACAAGUUGGGAUCAGACAGAGAAGCCAUUGUGAAAUGGACCCAUUUCUUAGGCUGCAGUCAACUUGGACCUAAGGCAGUCAGGCCCACCUGGCUAUGUAUAGAGCCCUUUAUAAUCUCAACUUCAGUUACUUUUUUCGUUUGGAUUGGAGGCCCCAAAAACUAAUUUUAUUUUACUUUUCUCUAUGAGGAAGAAAAUAUAAUGAUAUUAUUUCAAUUUUGCCAUUAAA